AUGCGCACGGCUUCUACACAGCAGGGUCACAGCGGAACGCUGCCGUGCCGGUCAUCAUCGGUGGUGGCGGAAGAGGCGGCCAAAAAUUUUCUGAGGUUACAGCAUGAGACGGAGGAGGUGGCCAAAAAUUGUCUGAGGUUACAGCAUGAGACGGAGGAGGUGGCCAAAAGUUUUCCGAGGUUACUGCAGGAGGCGGAGGUGGCGGCCAAAAAUGUUCUGAGGUUACAGCAUGAGACGGAGGAGAUGGCCAAAAGUUUUCCGAGGUUACUGCAGGAGGUGGAGGUGGCGGCCAAAAAUUUUCCGAGGUUACCGCAGAAGGCGGGCCUGCGACGGGUGUAA